UUGCAAAUUUAGCCCUUUUUGGUGCUGAAAUCUUGGGAAGUGUUUGGUCCUCAAAACAUGAUGAAGCUAACCUACAGACUCUUGCCCAUGGUGCAAGAAAUCCUUCGCCUUGUUCUUAAGGUCAUAAUAAUCAUGAAGCAGAAAAAGGAAAGAAUGAUGCCCAUGCCCACCACCUAGUCGAUCUAAUGCCACAGACACAGAUUACCUUUGUUUUCCAUCUAAGAAUCUUUCCAAUGCUUUCAGAACAUUCAAAAUGGCUACCGGUCCUGCUCUGAAACGGUCCGACUCCAUAGCAGAUGGCAUGCCAGAGGCCUUGAGGCAAAGCCGGUACCAUAUGAAAAGGUGCUUUGCAAAGUACACAGAGAAAGGGAGCAGGAUGAUGAAGCUUCACCACUUGAUGGAUGAGAUGGAGAAAGUGAUAGAUGAUCAAGCUGAGAGGAACCAAGUGUUGGAAGGCUUGCUUGGCUACAUUUUGUGCACUACUAUGGAAGCAGCUGUUGUUCCUCCUCAUAUUGCCUUUGCCACCAGGCAAAAUCCGGGGUUCUGGGAGUAUGUUAAAGUUAAUGCAAAUGAUCUAUCCGUUGAGGGCAUUACAGCUACAGAGUACUUGAAAUUCAAAGAAAUGAUUGUGGAUGAGGAUUGGGCAACUGAUGAAAAUGCACUGGAAAUUGAUUUUGGAGCUGUAGAGCUCUCAAUGCCUCACUUGACUUUGUCUUCUUCCAUUGGCAAUGGAUUCAAUUCUGUGGCAAAGUUCCUCAGUACAAAGCUAGCUGGAAGAUCAGAGACUGCACAGGCUCUUGUGAACUAUUUGCUUUCCAUGAAUCACCACGGAGACAAACUGAUGAUUAAUGAGACACUCAGCACCAUCUCAAAGCUUCAGGCAGCACUCAUAGUAGCUGAGGCGGCGCUCUCUUCACAGCCCAAAGAUGCACCAUACCAAAGCUUUGAGCUAAUGCUCAAAGAGUUGGGGUUUGAGAAGGGGUGGGGUAAUACUGCUGAAAGAGUCCAGGAUACAAUGAGAAUACUAUCUGAAGUACUUCAGGCUCCUGACCCGUUGAAUGUGGAGAAAUUCUUUGGUAGGCUUCCAAUAAUAUUUAACAUUGUGCUGUUCUCGGUCCAUGGAUACUUCGGGCAAGCAGAUGUACUAGGCCUGCCAGACACCGGUGGGCAGGUAGUUUAUGUUUUGGAUCAAGUGGUUGCAUUUGAGGAGGAAUUGCUUUAUAGAAUUAAGCAGCAAGGCCUUAAUAUCAAGCCUCAAAUACUUGUGGUAACCAGGCUGAUCCCAGAUGCAAAAGGAACAAAAUGCAACCAGGAAAUUGAACCAGUCAUCAAUACAAAGUACUCCCACAUCCUUAGAGUGCCAUUUAGGACGGAAAAUGGAGUUCUUGAUCAAUGGAUUUCUCGAUUCGAUAUUUAUCCUUAUCUUGAGAGGUUUAGUCAGGAUGCUGCUGAUAAAAUCAUUGAGAUAAUGGAAGUAAAACCAGAUUUGAUUAUUGGAAAUUACAGUGAUGGGAAUUUGGUGGCAUCACUCAUGGCCAAUAAACUGGGGAUAACUCUGGGUACCAUUGCACAUGCCCUAGAGAAGACAAAAUAUGAAGAUUCAGACAUAAAAUGGAAGGAGCUAGACCCCAAGUAUCAUUUCUCAUGCCAAUUCACAGCUGAUAUGAUUGCAAUGAAUUCUGCAGAUUUCAUUAUAACAAGCACAUACCAAGAAAUAGCAGGAAGCAAAGACAGGCCGGGGCAAUAUGAAAGCCACUGUGCAUUUACCAUGCCGGGGCUCUACAGGGUUGUUUCUGGCGUUAAUGUGUUUGAUCCAAAAUUCAACAUUGCUUCUCCCGGGGCAGACCAAACCGUCUAUUUCCCUUACACGGAGAAACAGAAGCGAUUCACAUCAUUUCGUCCUGCCAUUGAAGAACUUCUCUUCAGUAAAGCAGAUAACGAUGAACACAUUGGAUAUUUGGAAGACAAAAAGAAACCAAUCAUAUUCACCAUGGCAAGGCUUGACACAGUAAAGAACACGAGUGGAUUAACAGAAUGGUAUGGAAAGAACAGGAGGCUGAGAAGCUUGGUCAAUCUGGUUGUGGUUGGAGGUUCCUUCGAUCCUUCAAAAUCCAAAGAUAGAGAAGAAGCAGCCGAGAUUAAGAAGAUGCACGCGUUGAUAGAAAAAUACCAACUCAAGGGCCAAAUGAGAUGGAUAGCAGCCCAGACUGACAGACUAAGAAACAGCGAACUCUACCGCACUGUUGCAGAUUCAAAGGGAGCUUUCGUACAGCCUGCUUUGUACGAAGCAUUUGGCCUUACAGUCAUUGAGGCAAUGAACUGUGGAUUACCAACCUUUGCAACCAACCAAGGCGGCCCUGCAGAGAUCAUUGUGGAUGGGGUUUCAGGCUUCCAUAUUGACCCCAACAAUGGAGAUGAAUCUAGCAACAAGAUUGCAGAUUUCUUCCAGAAAUGCAGGGAUGACACUGACUACUGGAAUAGGAUUUCUGCUCAGGGCUUAAAGCGUAUAAACGAAUGCUACACAUGGAAGAUCUAUGCAAACAAGGUUUUGAACAUGGGGUCUAUAUAUGGCUUCUGGAAGACAUUGUUCCCUGAUCAGAAACAAGCAAGCCAAAGAUAUAUCCAAGCCUUCUACCAACUUCAGUACAGGAACUUGGUUAAGAGUAUACCACUUAGAAGCAAUGAAGCUCCAGAGCAGCCAAAGCAAAAGGCCAAACCUCAGCUCUCUCAGAGGCGCACACAAUCUUCUCUAAAGAGGCUGCUUGGAGUAUGAAGGAUCCAAAGCAUAAACUUCCAUGGCAGCAAUUCAAUUCAUCACUGUUUCAACUGUGUAGAGAAUGAAUCAAUGAAUGUGUUACAACAAUAAGAAUUAAGUGUAAUGAUCACACAACAAGUUUAAUGAAACAAUUGACUUUUCUUCCUUCUUUUA